UUAAAACAUCUUCCUUUAUAUUCCACAGAAAGAAACUAAUAAUGGUUUGGAAGGCCAAGAAGAUGAUGCUGUACUCAAACUUCCAAACCAAAGAAGGUCAUCAAUAUAUCAACGAUGAAGAUAGAAGAUGCACAUCAGAGUUCAACAGGAAACACUGAAAGCACAGAAAACAGAGUCUCCUCCAAAUGUCAACAUGAACCAUAUUGUUCCAGUCCUCAGCUACAAUUAACCUUUGAGGAUCAAGGUGUCUGAAAGAUGGUGGACCGCUUGGCGAACAGUGAGGCCAACUCUAAACGCAUCGGGGUGGUGGAGGCAUGCUUCGGCACAGCAGGCCAACCGCUGGCCAUCCCAGGUCGAGUUCUGAUCGGAGAGGGCGUUCUCACAAAGCUGUGCCGCAAAAGACCCAAAGCUCGGCAGUUCUUCCUCUUCAACGACAUCCUGGUGUACGGCAACAUCGUCAUCCAGAAGAAGAAGUACAAUAAGCAGCACAUCAUCCCUUUGGAGAGCGUCACCAUAGACACGGUCGAGGACGAGGGCGAAUUGCGCAACGGCUGGCUCAUUAAAACGCCCACCAAAUCCUUUGCUGUUUACGCCGCAACCGCAACGGAGAAGUCCGAGUGGAUGAGCCACAUCAACAAAUGCGUUUCGGACUUGCUUGAAAAAAGCGGGAAAUCUCCUACCGGCGAGCACGCCGCAGUCUGGGUGCCCGAUUCAGAGGCAACCGUGUGCAUGCGCUGCCAGAAGAUGAAGUUCACCCCUGUCAACCGGCGCCAUCACUGCCGGAAGUGUGGCUUCGUCGUAUGUGGCCCGUGCUCAGAGAAAAAGUUCCUUCUCCCCAGCCAGUCCUCCAAACCAGUGCGCGUGUGCGAGUUCUGUUACAAGCAGCUCUCGACGGGUGCUACUCUCCCGCCCCGAUCAGACUCCUACAGCCGGCAGGGCUCCGACUUCGGCAGCAACAACAUCUCAGAUGACGACGAUGACGACGACAGCAGUGACUGAGAGUCUCUUUUAGGAAACACUGACAAUAUACAGAUCCCAAUAUUUUAGUCUCUCAUUCAAGGUUUGCAAAGGUUCCUCUGGCAAUAACAGUUUCCCUAAAUAAUUAAAAGCCCUGUGCAAAUGAACAAAAGGUUUGAUGGGAAUUGAUCCUCAUGAACACUACUUGUCGGCUCGCUACACUUCCACAUUAAAGUCCCUCUCAGUCCAAUUUAAGUCCUUUCAUGUAGAUGCAUUUCUUGGCAAUGGUGCUCUUUCAUCUUCUUUUGCUAGCAUUUUCUUACUGCUACUACGCCGGAGAAGCGAAUGUUGCAUAAUGUGAUUACAGGCUGUUCUUGAGCAUACCCUCCCUCAGGUGAAACAGUGUAGUGCAUUAAGUUUUAAACGACGAGCUGCGUUUAAUUCUUUGAACAACUAACCACUAACAAACCAUGAUAGUAUGUGUUUUCUCAUGUUCUAGUAAUUGCUAAUGACAAAUCAGAUAGAUGCUACUAAGCUUGUAAAUGUGUAUAUGAUGCCGUGGAGCAGGAAGCCUGUUGCAUAAUUCAUCUGACAAGGUCGUCGCUGCCUCAGUGCCUUCUUAUUUAUCCUCAGGAAGUAGAUCCUGGAAAGGAGAACAGUUUGACUUGGGCUGAUUCCUUUACUUUGAGACGUCUGCGUUUAACAGCGCACCUCAUAUACUGCUUAGAGGCACACAGGUACCAUUUAAUGACUGUUUUUACUGUUUCAGUUAUAUGACUAGUAAUCAUCCCAACUUUUUUCAGAAGAGUAUAGUCAGAAUUAUUGCAUCUCAGUCCGAACAGUUUGAGCAUCUUCUGACAGUAGCAUGUUGCAUCUGUGCACCACAUGUGUGCAUUGACAACUUUCUAUAGUUCUCAAUUACAGAAAUAUAUCACAUGCAUGCAGCGUACAGGGAAAGGAUGACCAUUCUCUCUUUGGGGUUUUUGUGUUCGUGAGGUCACAUGACAGUCAAUCCUAGUUUUAAACGGGAAUCGAAAGCAUUAUGAGGAAGUGACUGGAUCACAGCCACCUUUUGUUUUGUUUUUUAAUGACUGUUUGACACACACAAAACUGCACUAACAGCUUUCCAAAGGGGCGUAUUUCUUUAUAAAUGACUGUUGGACUUUUUGGAAACGUACAGUAGUUAAUUUGAUCAGUGAUCUGCUAGUUUACAGUCGUUUUGUCAAGCUGAUAAAAGAGUCGGCUGUACUGCUUGAGAACAGUCUCAGAACUGAAUACUUGAUCACCUGUGAAGAUGGCAUAUUUUUGUUUGUCAAAAUAACAGAGCUGAUGUUGAAAAAGGGAUAUUUAAUUAACCUGACUCUGUCUUAAGAGUCUGUUCAGACUGUCUAGUAGUUCAUAUGCAACAACUGAUACGCUUAAGUGAGAAGUCUUUUUUUUUCUUCUGCACAUUUAUGUGCAACUUAUUUGAGAUUGAAAUAGGUUUACAGUGAUUGACUCAAGGUAAUGAUCUAAUCUUGCUUUUGUACUAUAACGGCAGAUUCCAGGACAGUCAUGUAUGGUAUAAUGUUUGAUUUAAUUAAUUAUUUGAACUUGUCCAAAUUUAUCCUGAGAUUAUCUUUGAUUUAAUUCUACUUUAAUGUUUUAAUAUCAUGCUUCAGUUGAAAUAUUCCUUGAGGAUCGUUUUGGUUUGCAUGUUGUAAACUUUGUACAGUGUUUUUUUUUUUGUAAAUGUUAAUUACUCUUAAGCUUUCAGAUAGUUUCUUCAUAGUGUUUCUGUGAGGUUCGUGUGUGCAUUUCCUGAGCACCUCGGGAUCAGCUACCAGCACUUUACUCUCUGCAAACCACAAAAGAGGGGUGGGGCUUGGAUGGGGAGGGGCUUGAAUAGGAAGUGGGGGUGGCCCACAUAUGUGGUCUGCAAAUACAAGAGAAUAGAUUUUCAUAAACUAAGCAAAGCUCAGAGUAGAGGAUGAACAAGAUUGCCAUUUUAGUUACUUUUUUUAUUUCUCGAACGUCAUUUAUGAUUCCCUUGGAUGGAUUUGGGGGAUUUUUCAGUUUUCUUGUACAUUUAAAUCUCAUUUAAAACUCUCAAAGGGCUAAAACUGAAUGUAAUCCAUCAUAUCAUUAUUAAAUACUAAUUUUGAGGAAAAUAUAUGUAUUGCUUAAA